AUGUUCUGGUUCUCAAAGACUGGGAUCAGCUCGAAGUAUACCUUCUCUGCAUCACCGACUUUUAUUACAGAACCAUGGAGCGUUUAUACAGGUAGACCAAAGGAUACUUCCACAAGCUCAUCAGGACCAUCAAAAGUAUCCAUUUUCAUAUUUGAUAAGAAAAGAUUUGAAACACAUCUCUUAACAUACGGAAUCAUUAAAUCAAAAAACUCCUCACACGAUAAAGCACUAAUAGCAGAAGCUUAUGAAGUUUUAAGGAAUCAAGUUGGCAAUUUGGCCAAGUUGAAGCAUCCUAAUAUUUUACAUGUGGUGGAACCUUUAGAGGAACACUCUAAGAAUUUUAUGUUUGUCACUGAGUAUGUGACAGGAUCGCUGGAAUCAGUUUUCACCAAUGUUGAUGAAGAGUUAAAUUUCUUUAAGGGACACGUUAGAGAAGACAUUGUCAUACAGAGAGGAAUAUUAGAGAUUACGCAAGCAUUGGAAUUUAUUCAUAAUAGAGCUAGCUGUGUUCAUCUGGAUAUUCAGCCCAGAUCUGUUUUCAUCAACGAUAACUCUGAUUGGAAAGUAAGUGGAUUCGGGCACCUUUGGAAUUUACCACAAUCAACGAAUAGUGCAGAAUAUUUUAUGCAACAAUUUGAUCCCCGAGUGCCACCAUUUAUGCAUUUAGCAUUGGACUAUACUGCACCAGAAAUCGUUCUUGAUAGCACAGUUUCAUUCAAGAGUGAUUAUUUUUCACUGGGAUCUCUGAUAUUAAAACUUUACACAGGUAAAAGUCUUCUUAAUUCAGAGAAUUCAUCAAGUCAGUACAGAGAUGAAUACGCUAAGUUUGAACGCAAACUAGUUAAUAGAUCUUGGGAGGGCGUCAUUUCAAAUAUACCACACAAUUUAAAAAUAUGCAUGCCUAAGCUGAUGAAUCGUGAUAUUUACGAACGUUAUGAGAACAUAUCAGAUUUCCUCAAAUGCGAUUUUUUCCAAGAUCCUCUAAUGAAAACGCUGAACUUUUUAGACGAUUUACCUACAAAGGAUAGGGACGACAGAUUAUUAUACUUAGAAGGUCUAGUCGAAUUACUACCAAAGUACCCAUCUUCACUUCUACAAAGAAAGUUCUUAACAGUUCUACUUCAUCUUUUAAGCCAAUUAUGUGGUGACGUGAAACUGGAUGCAGCUUCUCUAUCGAUGGACGUCCAUUUGAUCAUAAGAAUUGGUUCUACAUUAUCACAACUAACGUUUCAAGAGCGUGUUUUCCCUGUAUUGGCAGAUAAAUCUAAUUUCCCACAUAUUUUGAAGCAUGCCACUUUGCCGUUGGCGGAAAAUAUAUCAACAUUAAAGGAUAAAAUUCGUCAAGAUGAUUUUAUGCAAGUUAUUUUAAAACCGCUUAUAACCUAUGUUUUCCGUGAUAUGAAAGACGAAUUGGCAGUACCUACUCAGGAAAAACUUCUGGAAAAAAUGGCAGUACUCACUGAUAUUUUCGAUUUCCUUACCGUGAAGAGUUUUCUGUUACCGCUUUUAUCAGAAUUGUUUGGCAGGACAACUAGUCUUACGGUUAAAACCGCGUGUGUAUCAUGCUUCCAACUGCUCAUCGAACGUAAAAAUGUGGACACUGAUUUGACAUGCCAAGAAAUUUUGCCACUAUUUCAGUCGAUGAAGACAAGAGACCCACGUAUUUUGAUGCAGUCGCUCAAUUUAUUCGAAACUGUCCCCCAUGUCGUCAAGAGUGAAAACCUUUUGGUAGAACAAUUACUUCCUUUGUUGUGGAGAUACUCUUUGGCCCCAACAUUACAAACGUCCCAAUAUGCUCAAUACCUGCAAACUACUAAUAAAAUUACUAGUGAUAUUCAACAGAACCACAUGGAAUCGCUUUCCAAGACGAAUCGCUCCCAGGAUGCCAAUGGGACUCGGGACUUCAAUAGAUUGAUAGAACCUACUAAGAUCAACGACCCACCACGUGAAGAUACAGAUACAAAGAAUGCCAAUAGCAUUGCCACUCCUGCUAUUCAACCAGUGAGAAAGACGAGUGCAAACAAAGCAAGUACCCCACUGAAUCCACUCACUGCAAAGUUCACGGAAGAACUUCCAUCGAGAUCCAAAUUAACACGUCCACCAAGGCGGCCGGAGGUAAAAACAACAAAACUUGAUGAGGAUGAUUUCGAUGAAUUCGUAUCUGCAGCAUCACCAACUCUGUCCCAGAGAAACAUAAAUGUAUCACAACCAAACGGCACGGAUUCACCAAGUUAUAAUAGUCUACAGACGCCACAAACUUCUGGGGGCUCCAACACACAAACAGUAAACUCUAUAUCACUUCCUCCCGGAUUCUCAGUACCAUUACAGCCUAGUAAGAAAUAG